UUGUAAUGUUUACUAUUUUCUUUUAGGUUGUAUUUACAUGAUCUAAAAAUGAAACUUUUUGAAUUCCUUUUAAAAAUUUGUAACAGCUGCUAUGGCCUUGAACACAUUGUGAAUCAAAUCAAUCCACUACGGAAUAACACAGUCGAGCGAAAGAAAAAAAUUUACAAUAUUGCGUUUGAUGUCCUACUCGGUGUGACAUUCUGUAUCACGUUCACCCACACAACCUCGAUCGAACAUGUAACAAACUUUAUACUGGUCAUACGCACCAUGGUUAAAAAUUAUAUGGAAGACAUUCUUCAGUGGUUGAUGGGUGUACCAGCUGGUUUAAAGUUAAACCACGAACUUUCGUAUUGCAUGGGACAUUUCUUUUUAUAUCAUGUCUACAUUUGGAUGAGUUAUCUUGUGUACAUAGAAGAAGUUCUCAACGUUAUUGUCACGAUUGUCAUCUAUUCAAGCUGUUGUGGUUUGUCUUGCUUACUCUCGCUUGUAAAUGACUCGAUCAACCUGCUUACAUUUCAUAUUUAUUGCUUUUACGUCUACGCUGCAAAGGUCUACCAUCUUCAAUUACAAGCUUUGUUAUCGUUAGCUCGAUUGUUUAUGGGUAAGAAAUGGAACGUGCUUCGAUUAAGAGUUGACUCGAUAACCUACGAUGCUGAUCAGUUGAUACUGGGUACUAUACUUUUCACCAUUCUCCUGUUCCUCUUACCAACCACUCUUCUAUAUUAUGUUGUGUUUGCAACGGCUCGAUUACUCGUCUUGAUUAUCCAAGAUGGAAUGUACGCAGCUGUAUUUAUCAUUACCAAAUUUCCGGUGUACGAUAUUUUCAUGCUGAACUUGGAUAAGGACCUCUUCCAGACAGGUAUAAAGACAGUGGAAUUUGUUUACGACUCGAAGGAUAAAAAAGCGCUACCAAGCGACUUCAGUACGUCAUAUAAAAGUAUUACCGCAUAUGAACUGAUAAAGAACGAACUCAGCUUUACGUGGCCGAACGUUCUAGAAAUACUCAAAAAAUUUUCUACUGGUGUUGUUGUAAAACCAUGGAAUAAACAGGAAGAUAGUCAGAAUUGACAGAAACUUUUACUUCAACCCCCUCCAUGAUAUUUACAGACGAAUGCUUUGAAUGUAUAUUGUUACUUAUAUUUUGAUUUUUUUAUAAAGAGUUCAUUAAUAUCGUUUGGUAUUGUAUUCUAUAUUAAAUUCCUAUUUU